AUGAAAUUCGCGGAACACCUUUCGUCCCAUAUUACUCCGGAAUGGAGGAAACAGUACCUUCAAUAUGAGGUAAUUACCCAUGUUUGUGUUUUGAAGUAGGAUAAUGCUUUCUGAUUUAAAGUGAGAAAAGUGACUCAAAUCCAUGUUAAUGAAUACCUAAUGAAUUUAUAGCAUAAAAUGGUAUUGGUAUUGGUCUUUGUAAAUUGUAUUAAUCUUGAUUUGUGUUUUCCUAUAGCUGUCACUUUCACUUUUAGCCUACUUCUUGAAUAGUGUAACAAAAUAAUGCUUGAAUAUGUAGAUACGGAUAGUUAUGGUAGGCUAUUGCGUUGGCUGUAACUUUCCUUUUGAUAAACCAAGCUGUUUUAUUUAUUUAAUUUAGAUUGUUUUAAAAUUUUAGGCAAUGAUUUUGUGCAUCAUAGUUAUCUUUGUGCAACCUUUCCUGAGGCUGUCAGUUUGAUUGUACAAUACUUUUGUUCAAAUACUUGCUAUUCAUACCCAUAUUCAUUGUGUUAAUUGUUAUUUUAUUUACAAACUGAAUUAUUAUAUAUACGGGAUACAUUGUUAUCUUUCUUUCCAUUUGUUGACAUACACUCUAUCUGUCACUACAGCCGUCGCGUGCGCUAUAUCGAACAUUACAUUGGAAUGCUGAACAAUUAGGAUAGUAUUUACGUGGCUUAGUCCAUUGUUAUUGUUUUCCAGUGUUGGAAAGCAGAUUUACAAUAUUUGUGGGUUAUUUAUGAAUGUUAAAUUUAACUUUUUGAAUAAAAUAGAUGUCAAUUAUUAUGCAUAGGAUAUUCUCAGUAAAUGGGUAAAAUCACAAUACAAUAUUUUCAUUAUAAUUCAUACAUUUCUAAUAUCCUGAUAAAUUAUAUCUUCUUGCGACAUAACUGAUUUGAUUGAAUAACGCUAUUAUGUAAGUUAUUUUGUUAAUUGCAAUUUUGGUUAAUUAGAUAUUAUGGCUUGCUUUGUUUGAAAAGCUUUAAUUGAUUGAAUUAGAUAUAGCCUAGCCAAAACCAAAAAGUCUAAAACUGGCAAUUUUUGUUGUGUCUAUGGUUUGGAGAAAGCAGUCUCAGGAGCAUUUUCAGUGUCACACCCCACAUCUUCUUGGUUCACGUUAAGAGCCUGACUGCAGAAAGGCUCUUACAAGGCUGCCCCAUUCCAUUUUGUUCUAUGAAUUAUAGACAAAGAUGCUGAUGCGAGCCUCUGGAAGAUUCUUAGUCUGCAUCCCACUAUCAAACCUGCAUGCCUCACUCUGUGGGCUUAUACCAUGCUAUAACAAGAUAAGUUCAUAUACAACUUAUAAUUAUCUUAAUUGAUCUAGCAAACCGUCAAGUAGCUACAGGAAGGUAUGUGCUUUCAUUUGGAUUAGGUGAGUGUAAAACACAUAUGGCCACACUAGUCUUUGUCUAUAUUUGCAGCCUGAUGCAUGGAGUCCAAUACAUGGCCAUAUCAGCCAUUUUACACCUCAGUCAGCUUUGAGAUGGAUGACCUUCUCAGAGCUGCCAUGCCAUGUUGGAAAAAUAUUUAUAUGAAAUUGUAUUUUCAAAAAAUCACUUUGCUUUGGACUUUUAGUAUUUUUCUCUAAGUGAAAUAAAUAUGUAUUGUCUGGUCUUCUUAGGCUGUUGUGUUGUAUUGACAGAGAUCUGGUCGGAAUUAUUCUGAUUACAAAUACGGAUAUUAUGAAACAUUGUAACACUGUACAAGUUGCUUUUAUACCUGUGUAUUAACACUGGUAUUACUACAGCAACAACAUUGUUAUAUGUAAUUGCUUAAUUGAAAAGGAAAAUACCUUAGAGUAAUGGAUCUGGUUGAUGUUUUAUUGUGGGAUAAUUUAUUACAGAGCUCCAUACUAGAAUCCCAUAUGGAGUUGUUUUUCAUUUCAUCCAUUGAAUGCACUUAUAGGUGUUUAUAUCAGAUGCUGGUGCAUGAGCAUUAGAUAACCCUCCUGUGGCCAAGCAAAGUCAAUCCAAAUUCUCCAAGUAGAUUGGUGUUACAACUGUAAUCUGUACAGUAUCAGAUGGGUGUUAAACAUGGGAAUUAAAUCAUAAUAGCAAAAGGCAUUAUAUUUCAUUGCACAGUCAUUUCAUUGCACAGUCAUUGCAUAGUAAAUUAAACCAUAGGCCUGCCUCAGACUUGCAAUGCAUACUUUGUGUGUUAGGCUUCUUCAACUGUCUGACCCAUUUGUCUGUUAUGGACAUGAGGGGAGGCACAAGCAACGAUUGCCAAGAGUCUCUGACUCUUUGAGAAGAUAGUUAACUACAUUUUCCCCCCCCGGAAAUAUCAUCAUCACAUUUUAUUUGUCACAUGCUUUGUAGACAACAGGUGUAGACUAACAGUGAAAUACUUACUUAAGGGUCAAUUUCCAACAAUGCAGAGUUAAAGAUAAGAUACAAAAAUAUAUAUAGAAAUAGUGACACGAGGAUACAAAUAAUGAGUAAAAAUAACAUGGCUAUAUAUAGGGAGUAGAAAAUAACAUUACUAUAUAUAGGGAGUACCAGUACCGAGUCGAUGUGCAGGCGUACGAGAUAAUUGAUGUAGCCACAGUGCAUUCGGAAGGUAUUCAGACCCCUUUACUUUUUCCACAUUUUGUUACGUUACAGCCUUAUUCUAAAAUAAAUUAAACACACAAUACCCCAUAAUGACAAAGCAAAAACAUGUUUUUAGAUUUUUUAAAACAUUUGUAUUUAUUUUUUUACCCCGGAAAUAUCACAUUUACAUAAGUAUUCAGACCCUUUAAUCAGUACUUUGUUGAAGCACCUUUGGCAGCGAUUACAGCCUUGAGUCUUCUUGGGUAUGACGCUACAAGCUUGGCACACCUGCAUUUUGGGAGUUUCUCCCAUUCUUAUCUGCAGAUCCUCUCAAGUCCGGGCUCAAGUCCGGGCUCUGGCUGGGCCACUCAAGGACAUUCAGAGACUUGUCCUGAAGCCACUCCUGCAUUGUCUUGGCUGUGUGCUUAGGGUAUUUGUCCUGUUGAACCUUCGCCCCAGUCUGAGGUCCUGAGCGCUCUGGAGCAGGUUUUCAUCAAGGAUCUCUGUACUUUGCUCCGUUCAUCUUUGCCUCGAUCCUGACUAGUCUCCCAGUCCCUGCCUCUGAAAAACAUCCCCACAGCAUGAUGCUGCCACCACCAUGCUUCACCGUAGGGAUGGUGCCAGGUUUCCUCCAGACGUGACGCUUGGCAUUCAGGCCAAAGAGUUCAAUCUUGGUUUCAUCAGACCAGAGAAUCUUGUUUCUCAUGGUCUGAGAGUCCUUUAGGUGCCUUUUGGUAAACUCCAAGCGGGCUGUCAUGUGCCUUUUACUGAGGAGUGGCUUCCUGAAAACAGGAAACAAUACUACCUAAUGGGUGAUACAACGGAGUGAUAGAUAAAGGGGAAGUAAUCACGGAGUGAUGAAGUCCAGGUGUGCGUAAUGAUGGUUGCCAGGACCGGUGGUUAGUAGACCGGCGACGUCGAGGGCCGGAGCGGGGGAGCAGGGGUAGACGUGACAGUAGAAACAUCUCAAGGAUGAUCAAUGGAACCAGGAUUCACCUGAGCUCAAUUUUGAGUCUCACAGCAAAGGGUCUGAAUACUUAUGUAAAUAAGGUAUUUAUGUUUUUUAUUUUUAAUACAUUUGCAAACAUUUCUAAAAUUUUGUUUUUGCUUUUUCAUUAUGGGGUUUUGUGUAGAUUGAUGAGGAAAAUGUUUUAUUUAAUCCAUUUUAGAAUAAGGCUGUAACGUAGAAAAUGUGGAAAAAGUCAAGGGGUCUGAAUACUUUCUGAAUGCACUGUAUGUACUAUACAUAUAGGAAGGGGUAAACUGACUAGGCAACAGGAUAGAUAAUAGACAGUAGCAGCAGUGUAUGUGGUGUGUGUGUGUGUGUGAGUGUGUGUCAUCAGUAUGCAUGUUUGUGCAUGUUAUGUGUUUGUGGGCGUAUGUGUGUUUUGGGGUGUCGGUGUAAGUAUGUGUGAGUGUGCUGGUAGAGUCCAGUGUGUGUGCAUAGAGUCAGUGCAAGAGAGAGUGCAAAAAAUGGUCAAUGCAGGUAGCUACUCUGGGUAGCCAUUUGAUUAGCUAUUUAGCAGUCUUGUUUAGAAGUGUAAUGGCUUGGGGUUAGAAGCUGUUCAGGGUCCUGUUGGUUCCAGACUUGGUGCAUUGGUACCGCUUGCCGUGCGGUAGCAGAGAGAACAGUCUGUGGCUUGGGUGGGUGGAUUCUUUGACAAUAUUUUGGGCCUUCCUCUGACACCGCCUGGUAUAGAGGUCCUGGAUGGCAGGGAGCUCGGCCCCAGUGAUGUACUGGGCCGUACGCACUACCCUCUGUAGUGCCUUGUGGUUGUAUGCCAAGCAGUUGCCAUACCAAGCGGUGAUGCAGCCAGUCAAGAUGCUCUCGAUGGUGCAGCUGUUCAAGGUUUUGAGGAUCUGAGUGCUGAUGCCAAAUCUUUUCAGCCUCCUGAGGGGGAAGAGGCGUUGUCGUGGCCUUUUCACGACUGUGUUGGUGUGUUUGGACCAUGAUAGAUCCUUAGUGAUGUGGACACCGAGGAGCUCUUGACCCGCUCCAUUACAGCCCUGUCGAUAUGAAUGGGGGAUUCCUCGGCCCUCCAUUUCCUGUAGUCCACGAUCAUCUCCUUUGUCUUACUGACAUUGAAGGAGAGGUUGUUGUCCUGGCACCACACUGCCAGGUCUCUGACCUCCUCCCUAUAGGCUAUCUCAUCAUCGUCGGUGAUCAGGACUACCACCGCCGUGUCAUCGGCAAACCUAAUGAUGGUGUUGGAGUCUUGUGUGGCCACGCAGUCGUGGGUGAACAGGGAGUACAGGAGGGACUAAGCACACACCCCUGAGGGUCCCCGUUUUGAGGGUCACCGUGGUGGAUGUUUUGUUGCCUACCCCCACCAUCUGGGGGCGGCCCGUCAGGAAGUCCAGGAUCCAGUUGCAGAGGAAGGUGUUCUGUCCCAGGGACCUUAGCUUAGUGAUGAGCUUCAAGGGCACUAUGGUGUUAAACGCUGAGCUGUAGUCAAUGAACAGCAUUCUCACGUAGGUGGUCUUUUUGUCCAAGUGGGAAAGGGCAGUGUGGAAUGCAAUAGAGGUUGGGGCAGUAUGCGAAUUGGAGUGGGUCCAGGGUGUCUGGGAUGAUGGUGUUGAUGUGAGCCAUGACCAGCCUUUCAAAGCAUUUCAUGGCUACAGAUGUGAGUGCUACGGGGCGAUAGUCAUUUAGACAGGUUACCUUGGCAUUCUUGGACACAGGGACUAUGGUGGUCUGCUUGAAACAUGUAGCUAUUACAGACUGGGUCAGGGAGAGGUUGAAAAUGUCAGUGAAGACACUUGCCAGCUGGUCAGCGCAUGCUCUGAAUACGCGUCCUGGUAAUCCAUCUGGCCCUGCGGCCUUGUGAAUGUUACCCUGUUUAAAGGUCUUACUUACAUCGGUGCUUUCACGCAUGGUUCAGUGUUGCUUGCCUCGAUGCGAGGAUAGAAGGCAUUUAGCUUGUCUGGUAGGCUCGUGUCACUGGGCAGCUCGUGGCUGGGUUUCCCUUUGUAAUCCGUGAUAGUUUGCAAGCCUUGCCACAUCCGACGAGCGUCAAAACCGGUGUAGUAGGAUCGAUCUUACUCCUGUAUUGACGCUUUGCCUGUUUGAUGGUUCGUCGGAGGGCACAGCGCGAUUUCUUAUAAGUUAGUGUCCCGCUCCUUGAAAGCAGCAGCUCUAGCCUUUAGCUCAGUGUGGAUGUUGCCUGUAAUCCAUGGCUUCUGGUUGGGAUAUGUACGUACGGUCACUGUGGGGAUGAUGCCGUCGAUGCACUUAUUAAUGAAGCCGAUGACUGAUGUGGUAAACUCCUCAAUGCCAUCGGCUGGAUCCCGGAACAUAUUCCAGUCUGUGCUAGAGGACCAGUCCUUUAGUUUAGCAUAUGCUUCAUCGGACCUCUUCCGAAUUGAGUGUGUCACUUGUACUUCCCGUUUGAGUUUUUGCUUGUAAAUUAGGAGGAUAGAGUUAUGGUCAGAUUUGCCAAAUGGAAGGCGAGGAAGAGCUUUGUAUGCGUCUCUGUGUGUGGAAUAAAGGUGAUCUACAGUUUUUUUGUUUCACAGGUGAUAUGCUUGUAGAAAUUAGGUAAAACAGAUUUUAGUUUUCCUGAAAUUAAAAUCACAGGCCACUAGGAGUGCUGCCUCUGGAUGAGCAUUUUCUUGUUGGCUUAUGGCCCUAUGCAGCUCGGUGAGUGCGGACUUAGUGCAGGAAUAAGGUUAUGUAUUUUUGUCUGUUUAUUGCCAAAACAGCGUUGAGCUCAGUCUGUCCCUUAGACUUGUCUUGAACAAGGUGUCGUGGUAGAAACAUCAGCAACAACAAGUCUCCCUGGUUUAGUUUUGUCCUUUGCUUUAGUUUUACUGCUCAUUUGUCUCUGUAAAGGUUUAUUACCAUCAAUCAAUGAAGUUACUUUUUCUUCUAUUUUGUUCCAAAUGCAAUAUUGUCUGGAUUGUUAUAAAUGCAUCUGUUUGACUGCAGCAGGGCAGUUGGCUGGGCCGCAUGGGAGAAAAAACACCUUAACCACUAAAACGCUUGCAUGUGAAUUGAGGAAUUGGUAAGGCGAUUGAGUCAUAAAUUAAUGAAGUCUUCUCAUCCUACGAGGCUGUCCAUUUUAAACACCUGUUUAGAAUGGAGGUCUGUCCAACGCUCAUUAGAAGACCAGAGGUCAGCCGUAAAAGCAGAGCUCGUUCCUGUGUGAUACGCUGGCAUUAUUAGAGAUUCAUCUCACACUCAUAGAUAAUGAAAACAAACAGCAUAAAACAGCUCCCUUUGUCCUUUCUGUUUUUUUUAUCUUAUGGACCUUUCCUUUUGGCUAGUGCAGUUGGUACAUGGUCUUGGUUCGGUCUAGGCUGAACCUUGGUCUGGUUCUUGGUCUGCUCUGUGUGAGUGUGGUAUACUGUACUCUCAGAGGUGGAGAAACAGAAGCUGCAACAUGACUGUGAGCAAGGUGGAGAGGGUUAUGCGGUAGCGUGGGUGGGUGACAGAAUGAAGCCUCUUUUGCCUUUACCUCUGCAAUCUAAUCACUUGUGUGGGUUUAAAUAUGCAGGAGAAUACUUAUGUAAGCUAAUUUCCUAUUGAAAAAGGGACAUGCUAUUAUUUAUAUCAUAAGCAGGUACACAGGUGUAAAUUAUAUGCAGAGGUUACUGUGUGGGGCCCGUUUCCCACUCUCUCUGUCCAGGUAUAUAUUUAGCUCUGCCAGUGGCACACAUUGCAAGAUGAAUCCCUCUGCAUAAAUUGGAUAAUGUGAACAAUAAAAAAAAAAAUAUUGAUUCAUAUUAAAGGUUUUACUAUUCCAACCACUGUACUUAAUGACAUUGACAAAAGAUGCAUGGUAAAAAUGAGAACAUAAAUAAUUGCACAUAACAUGAUGAAUAUGAUCAUGCUAGUUUAUAGCCGACACAAAAUGUCUGCGUUCUGGUGUAAUAUAUCCAUCUUACUUAGAUAACAGAGAUGGAAUGGUGAGCUUCCCACAACUCAUCCUCUGUCCCCUACUGGGAAGGCAUCUGGUCUCAGUCAGCCCUGCCUCAGUUUUACAGUACAGCUCCUGCACUCAGAGAUCCACUUAGUUAAAGUGAUUAUGAGAAUUAUCAGAACCAUCAUUUCAGAUCUCAGACCACCCAGCACCUGCAAUUCUGUCGUUGAUAUUAUUACUACUGUACAACUCACUUCAACAGAAGACUAACAGACCCAUUAGGUCAGAUGAUACCUGCAGGUUGAUCUCUGUAAGCUGGUGUAGUAGGCUACAAUCAGAGCAUGUAAAUUCCCCAAAGAGCCGCCCUGCCCCCUUUCCCAUCGGUGCUAUUGCCAUGGCAAUAUGCCUCCAUCUUGAUGAAUGUGUCCCCUCUGUCUCUUCCAGCUAUUAGUCUGGGCCAGUAAGCACUGCUACAUGACCCAAUGUUUGCACAGGUGGUCUACUGCAAAUCACAAUUUCCGAAGAGAAUGUUAUCUACAAAUAAAAUGUUUCUCUUGGAUUAGUGUUCAAUAUGAGCAUACAGUAAUAACUGACUGCAGUAUUAGUGUUCAGGUAGAACAGAGAACAAACUGAGUUUCUAUGUAGGUUCCUUCUACAUACUAUGAUUAAUUGUCAUCCUCUGCUCUCAUAUAUCCACUUAAUACAAACAUCAGAUAAACCUGGCCAGAGAAUAGGGGAAUGGAACAAAAGCUACAUAUACAGUAUAGUGAGGUUGAGAUUCUUUGUCACAUCUAAGCUUUGAAUAAAAAAAUAUUGGUUCUACACUGUUGCACAAAACACAAAGUUCGUCAUUCGGGUACCUGUCUAUCUCAGUGAAGGCCACAAGCGUAAUUAUUUUGACUGGACGGCCAAGAAACGUGUUCCCAGUUACUGCUAUUGCUCCAGAGAGCAAGUUAGUUAGAUUGGUGGGGAGGAAUAGAGAUGUAUUCAGUUCCAGGCCUCACAGUCCCAGACUAGAGAAUCAUAUUAAGAUGUAUCUUGUAAUUUAUUAUCUGGCCAUAUAAAUUAUCUGCAAGGUCAGAGUGAUUGAAGGAAAUAACCUCAUUCUGUAUAAAGAGGUCAAUGUAGUGUAGGCCGGCCUCUAUCUGUUUUCAUUUGAACGAUCUGGAAUCUGAUUGACACAUUUUUCAGACGUCAUGGUUAAAAACAAGGGCAUUGAUGUCCUAUAACUCAGCCUGCAUUCAUUAUCGUCACACAUCAUGGGGGUUGUAACAUAAAUUAUUCCCGAAGGAUGUUUUCUUUCCCCUGUAGACAUUCUGUACUGAGUUUGGCAAUUUCAGAUACUUUUAAUAAACUGCUAAGUUUUCAGGUUUUUAGUUUUUUCUUCAUUUGCGUGAAGUCAUUUACUUAUCAUAAUAUUCAUGAGACUGGCUAUGUAAGUAGAUUACUUGAAUUUAUCAAUCAAUAGUAUGUUGUUCAUUAUGUUACCAUCACUAAUCAUUGUAAUUAUUUACUCAUUUGAAAAAGUGUUAAUUGAUUUGAUUAAACGUCAACUGUCAUUGAUUGUACAGUAGUUGAGAAACUGAAAAGUGAUUAUCCCUCUGCUUUCUUCCUUUACCAGGCGUUCAAGGAUCUGCUGUAUGCAGCCCAGGAUCAGGCCCCAUCCAUAGAAGGUAAGGAAACUCCUGGUCCACGGACAGAAUGAGCUCUUCCCGCACUGCACCCGUUCGGACACCCCGAAAAUAACAGGCCCUGCAACAAAUAGAGGAAAUUGCAGUGAUCAUCCAGCUACCCCUCACAUCACAGUGCAGCCACUGUGUUCUGGGUGCAGUGACCGCCCCACCGCUGUGCAGUGCUGGAGGUCGAGGGCCCCCACUUAGCAAAUGAUACCAAAAUGUCUAGAAUUGCAGGAAAUUAGCUUUAAAACUGCAAAAGAGAGGAAGUUGGCAGGUGCGGCUGAUAGGGUAGGAGAUUGAUUCAGCAGAAUAAAGGCCUGAACAGGGCUGGAACAAGCACAGGAAACAGAAGCAGAACUGAGACUGUGCUCAAUGGUCAGCUGGCUGGAACCCACCCUCACUGUGUCCAGAGUUGGAGGUUGAGAAAUUGAAGGGCUGGUGGGUUUUUGCUACAUGACUCCAAAAGACUCACCACUCAUGAAGCAUGGUAUGAGCUGACAAAUACCUCACUGUCAGCCUGUGUUUAUAGUCUCUAGUACAGUAGUCUGUAGUUGCAUCAUGAUGAGAGGAAAACAGCGUAGUGAACCGUCAUUGACAGUACCAUUAAUCACAUAAAACUUUCACCAUCCUAUUUCAGCCAAUGAUGGCAUGUAAAGCCUAAAUGAAAGAGUUGUCUGUGUGUCUACUUUGGCGAUAACAUAUGUGAGCUGUCUCUCAUCUAUACACCAUUCUCCUGAGGGUGUCAGGUUGGCCUUAUCCCCAAUAUGGCUGAUGAGUCACGUCCUGUCUGUCCUCUGUCAGAGCUGCCAUACAUAGGUCACUCACUCACUCCUCCAUCUCUGGGAAAAUCCUACCCCUCCUUUAAAGUCCAGCCACUGUGAAGGGUAAAUGGGUGGAAAAACAGAUGGAUGGGAGGAGGAAUACAUGGGGGACUAGAUAACUGUACAGGAGCACAUAGUGAAGGUUAUUGAGACCCUGUACUGUAGCGCCAGUCACUGUUUACUUUUCAUAUGAGGAACAAGAUUAACAGGCUUCCCAUGAAAUACAAGCUUAGCAUAGCCUCCUCACACAAACCCUGUGUCAAAUCUGAUUGAGUAAAAAAAGUAAUGAUUUUAUUAAAUCACCCCUCAAUGAUAUACUAAUUACGGGAAUCUGAUUUAUGCUAUGUUUUUUUCUCUCUCGGCAGCGAGGCCUGCCGUGUCUGAGUGAGGUUUGGUAUUCCGAGAGAUUACUGGUGCCUCCGGGAGACAGUUUACUGGGUUAUUACCGCCCCCUCUAGUUGGCCCGCUACCUGACAUAGCCUAGUUGUAGUAGAGAUUCAACAUGGAGGAGUACAGCACUUCAAAGUCUCUGUCAGGUCCUUCUCUUACUGCAGGCUUCUGUCAGAUACUUCAGAAGUGCAUGUUACUCCAGCAAACAAGGAUAUGGCCAGUUGUAGUCCCGCAGGAUUUGAGAUUCUUGCUAUGUUUUAUACAUAGCCUACCAUAAUGACUGAAGAAGGGAUCUCCUAUGUGUAUGAUGAGCACUCUGCAUAAGACAUGGAAGCCUAAAGGGAUAUGAUAUAGCUCCACGAGUUCCACAAAGAGUCUGUCAACAAGCGCCCCAAGACAUUGAUGGGCAGCGGCAGGGGCAGAUGCAGGGCACAGUGUGUGUGUGUGUGUGUGUCACUGUUUUCAACACCGUAUGCUUUCCUGUAGUCAGGCUGAGAGCAUUCUUUGGAUGGUUUGAAUGUGAGAGCCAUUUUAGAUGGAGAUUAAUAUCUUAAACCUUCCCAGAGACACAAUCCCUCAGCUCUGACUCAAUACUGGAUUGCCCAUACAAUACUACCUGUUGCAUUGGUGUUGAUUUUUAUGCCAGACUGAUAAUAUUUUGAUGUUGACAAAUGCCUUGUUCAGCGCUCCCUACCUGACUGUGAUGAAUGUUCAAUAAUUAAGAGAGCUUGUUCUAGUUACAUGCAGCACCAGAGUGGCUGUAGUGUCUGGUAUGGCAUUUAACCUCUUGUGAGAUCCUUUGUUCUUGCUCCCUAGUUUUAAUUAAAACGGCAUUUGCACUGCAGCUCAGACCAGGAGAACGCACUGAGGAGCAGCUGGCUUGAGUUCAGGCUCCUCUGCUCCCCUCUCUCUCUCCCUCCAGUGAGAUUGAAUUAGAUCAAGUCCAAUUCAAUUAGCCUGCCGAUUAUGAGAUUUGAGAACAAUAUCUGCAGAUAAACACAGCAAUGGGAGGAAUUAGUGUGCCCCCGGAACUAUUUCUCAGUAAUGUUACAUGCCAUAGUGGCAUAGUCCAUUGGCAGUGUUACAUCAGGGGUGAUCCAGGAUGAUUCACAUGGGGAAGGACGGGGCUCUCCCACCUCCCAGCAGCUUGACCGAGGUGGAGGGGGAAUGUGGGGGAAGGGUUAUGCUAUUGACCGCUCACAGGUAGACACCAGAAAUAUUAUUUCCCAUAGACAACACGUACAUUGGGUUAGUUAGCCAAGGUCUUGGGUAUCACAAACUGGCAGUAAAAUGUUUUAUAGUCUCUCUAGGCUGCUCUAUAAUACAUAGCUUGGAGGACUGAAAGCCAUGUGUUUUUAUUGCAUAAUGAAACUGCAGAUUGAAUGGAAUGAGGGGAGUCUUUAUGUGUCUUCCCCUGAGUACCUUACCUUCCUUGUUGAGGUUUGAUGCAUAAUACAGUGAGGGAAAAAAGUAUUUGAUCCCCUGCUGAUUUUGUACGUUUACCCACUGAGAAAUGAUCAGUCUAUAAUUUUUAUGGUAGGUUUAUUUGAACAGUGAGAGACAGAAUAACAACAAAAAAAUCCAGAUAAACACAUGUCAAAAAUGUUAUAAAUUGAUUUGCAUUUUAAUGAGGGAAAUAAGUAUUUGACCCCCUCUCAAUCAGAAAGAUUUCUGGCUCCCAGGUGUCUUUUAUACAGGUAACGAGCUGAGAUUAUGAGCACACUCUUAAAGGGAGUGCUCCUAAUCUCAGUUUGUUACCUGUAUAAAAGACACCUGUCCACAGAAGCAAUCAAUCAAUCAGAUUCCAAACUCUCCACCAUGGCCAAGACCAAAGAGCUCUCCAAGGAUGUCAGGGACAAGAUUGUAGACCUACACAAGGCUGGAAUGGGCUACAAGACCAUCGCCAAGAAGCUUGGUGAGAAGGUGACAACAGUUGGUGCGAUUAUUCGCAAAUGGAAGAAACACAAAAGAACUGUCAAUCUCCCUCAGCCUGGGGCUCCAUGCAAGAUCUCACCUCGUGGAGUUGCAAUGAUCAUGAGAACGGUGAGGAAUCAGCCCAGAACUACACAGGAGGAUCUUGUCAAUGAUCUCAAGGCAGCUGGGACCAUAGUCACCAAGAAAACAAUAGGUAACACACUACGCCGUGAAGGACUGAAAUCCUGCAGCGCCCGCAAGGUCCCCCUGCUCAAGAAAGCACAUAUACAGGCCCGUCUGAAGUUCAGAGGAGAACUGGGUGAAAGUGUUGUGGUCAGAUGAGACCAAAAUCAAGCUCUUUGGCAUCAACUCAACUCACCGUGUUUGGAGGAGGAGGAAUGCUGCCUAUGACCCCAAGAACACCAUCCCCACCGUCAAACAUGGAGGUGGAAACAUUAUGCUUUGGGGGUGUUUUUCUGCUAAGGGGACAGGACAACUUCACCGCAUCAAAGGGACGAUGGACGGGGCCAUGUACCGUCAAAUCUUGGGUGAGAACCUCCUUCCCUCAGCCAGGGCAUUGAAAAUGGGUUCGUGGAUGGGUAUUCCAGCAUGACAAUGACCCAAAACACAUGGCCAAGGCAACAAAGGAGUGGCUCAAGAAAAAGCACAUUAAGGUCCUGGAGUGGCCUAGCCAGUCUCCAGACCUUAAUCUCAUAGAAAAUCUGUGGAGGGAGCUGAAGGUUCGAGUUGCCAAACGUCAGCCUCGAAAACUUAAUGACUUGGAGAAGAUCUGCAAAGAGGAGUGGGACAAAAUCCCUCCUGAGAUGUGUGCAAACCUGGUGGCCAACUACAAGAAACGUCUGACCUCUGUGAUUGCCAACAAGGGUUUUGCCACCAAGUACUAAGUCAUGUUUUGCAGAGGGGUCAAAUACUUAUUUCCCUCAUUAAAAUGCAAAUCAAUUUAUAACAUUUUUGACAUGCGUUUUUCUGGAUUUUCUUCUUGUUAUUCUGUCUCUUACUGUUCAAAUAAUCCUACCAUUAAAUUUAUAGACUGAUCAUGUCUUUGUCAGUGGGCAAAUGUACAAAAUCAGCAGGGGAUCAAAUACUUUUUUCCCUCACUGUACCUCUUUAUCAGUGUUGUUCUGUGAUAUUAUUGUAUGGAGCAGCUGCAGUUUAACUGUAAAAGGGUAAAGCACCAUAAUAAACCAUGAUGGCUCAGUUGGGUUUAGGAGCAGCCUUCUGGACAGGCUGCUCUCCCUCUUUCAUUGCUCUCACCACUGACCCGGCAGGAAAAAUUGACCUCAGUGCAGCCUGAUUACACUAUUAUUGCAAUGAAAUAUGAGACAGUUCAUACCUUGAUUACACAGCUAGCCUAUGUGUUUUCAAUGCUAUUGCUAGCUAUUACCUCAGCCAGCCAUCUUCAACCCUCCUCUCUUCACACCAUGGCUGUUUUUUCAUAUGUGGAGGUGUUUCCUGUGUAUCUCGAACAAUAGCAGAACAGCAAUUGUUUCUCAACUUCAGUCCUCAGGUUCAAUACCAGCAGCUAAGCUCCAGCACACUUCAGGUAACUCGGUCAACAAAGACUGAAGCGCCCGCCAAUCAGAUUAUUAUGUAGGAAGCUGACGUGGAGGGAGACAAUAUUAGAAGUUAUCUUGAUUUUCGCUGGUUGUAAAAUUGGUGAGAUAGUGAUGUGUGAGUAUAUCACGUGUUUGGUUGCAGCCCCAGACAGACUCCUCUGUCUGCAUUGGUGGAGGUCCACAGAGUGGAGCAGUAGGCAGUGCUGUUAUCAGUGAGGAGAGGGGGACAAGCUUGUUGCCUGCUGAGAGAGCAGGCACUAGCAAUUAGCCUGCCUGCCUUUCUCUGAUCAAAGACCACUGAACAGCACUACACUCACUCACUAUCAUCCUCAAUAUGGCAGCCUUUUGUUCUCACACCUCAACUGGACACAUUUAAUAUUGCACUUCAAAGCCACCUUCAUUGAAUGAAUUAAGGAAAAUAAACAUGGUAGUUAAAACCUUGCCACAAUUGACCUCAGUGCUGCCAUUCCCCUUUUAGUGCCAAUGAAUUUCAUAUGAGGAGGAAUAUUAAUGUGAGAUAAGUACAUAAUCCACUUGAUGAAAGCGCUAACAUCAAUCACACUCCCAGAUACCACAGAUACCUCCACCUUUCAUGCUGCUUUCCACUCGCAACUCUCCGCCGUCUGCGAUGGGCGGCCUCCAUUUUGUCUGUUGCUGUUGGUUGCUGAUGGACAUGGCUGGCUAUUUGAAGCCUGGUGGUGGUAUUAUUUUUGUGAUUGUUAGUCCACUCACGUGUGCCUAGGUACAGCAGCUGUUAUUACAGUAGGCCCAGCUAUAGGAGAGGCCCCUGUGUGGAUCUAGGCAGGAGCUCUGAGCAGGAGAUCUCCCCAGUAGCCCAAGGACACAGCCCUGUACAUUCAGUGGGCCAGUAACCUAGCAGCCACGGUCUCCCACCAGCCUGCAUUAUUGAUGGACUGCUUCACAAGCUGCCGCUCCGAUUUGGAUCAAAAUGCUAAUUGCUCAGUGUUUGUGGGUUUAUUCCUCCUCAGCAGUGCUAGCUGCCUGGUACCACCUGUAUCUCAGUCUUCUGGCUGUACAUCUGUAGACAAAGCCUUGCAUGUUCCAGCUUUUACAGUUGGAGGAGAGGAGGAAGAAGCCCAGGGGCAUUUAUCUAGUGGAGAUUGUUAAAGAUAUCAAGGAGUUGGGGGUAGUAUACUAG